UAUUUGCUAGCUGAUCUUGCCUUUACUACGUUUUAGAAAAUAAUCUUGCGGUGUCCACUCCAAAAAGGAUCCACUCCAAAAAUUAGAUAAUGCCGUGGUCGUCAUGUCUUGUACCAUAGCCAAAGAUCCCUCUAACAAACGUGCCUUGCUUCCGAAAUUAAAGCGCCUUAUUUUAAUUUAUACAAGUCUGUACCGCUAAUGCCCUUCAUAAGAAUAAACAAUUGUUUUAGAACAAGGAAAUAUGCCGAUCCGUCGGUUUGGGAGCAAGGGGAGGAAACUUUUUAAUUAAAACAUGCUCUUUAGAAUCCAUCGUUUAUUGAAUAUUUUCACGGUCAAAACAAUUAAGAUCGAUUUAAUGCCUCCAAUUUAAAUAAAACAGUAGAAAGAUUUAAGUUCCACUUCGGGGGUGGGGGUAUACAAUUGGGGAGGCGGGAGGUGCACCGAGCAGCGCCUGCAGGGAAGCCACCCCAAAAUGCCGGGGAUUUUCCAGGCCUAAUCGACUCUCCGCUCACCGGCGCCGAGUUGAGCAAAUCUGAGCCCGAAGCGGGAUUUUACGGCCGAGCUGGAACGAAGGAGGCGGCGGCAGAAGCGGCAGCUGCAGCAGGAGGGGCUGGCAGGCACCCGCCGCCCUUCCUCUUCGUCCUCCCGUCUGCGGCCCGGUUCGCUCUCCGCCCGGAGGCCUUGAGGCCUGAGGAGCAGGCGGCUCCAGCAACUGCAGCGCCGGUGCCUUCCUUCCGCAUUGCCCUGGUUCUCUCUCGGGCAAGUGACGUGACGUACUGACGGCGGCCCGGCCCGGAGAGCUUGGCCGCUUCCACUGAGCUCGGCGCUCGGCCCCUCCCUCCCCUCCGCUCCCGCCCGCCCCGCCGCAGCGACAUUACCACCGAGCUCGGCCCAGCUACGCGGAGAGAGGCCGCCCAGAGCCCGUUGCCGCCCCGUCCGGUAAGCAGCGCGGGACAGGCCCGAGCUAGGCCUUCACCCCCACACAGAACCAGGCCUCGGCGCCCGCCGUGGUACAGGCCCUGAGAAGGCCGCAGCUAGGCCGCGCCAAGGCUGCGUCCUGCACCAGUGGGCCGUAAGACCGUGCAGGCAGGCCUGGGCGCUCGCUGCUCCACUUCAAGGACGGGGCGAGGUGGAGAGCUAAUGUGAGGUGCACUGGCUGUAGGGGCUGAGGCAAGGGCGAGGGGGCGAGGGGACUAGGCCUGAGUCGGAACAAAAAUGUCUGGGAGGAGGAGACAAGAUGGCGGCGACUUUGUGACUGAUGAAAGUUAAAGGCCAUGGAUGAAGAUGGGCUUGAACUACAGCCACAUGAUCCGCAUGCAUUUUUUGACCCAACAGGAGCUGAUGGAACACAUUUGAAUGGAGAUGAAAUUGUAGUAGAAAUACAGGAGACGGUAUAUGUGUCAGAUGUGGAGGAUUCUGACAUAACUGUUCAUAAUUUUGUCCCUGAUGAUCCAGAUUCUGUAGUUAUCCAAGAUGUCGUUGAGGACGUUGUUAUAGAAGAUGUACACUGCCCAGAUAUCAUGGAAGAUACUGAUGUAUCUCAAACUGUCAUUAUACCAGAACCAGUGCUGGGCACUGAUGUCACCGAAGAAGUGUCUUUAGCACACUGCACUGUUCCUGAUGAAGUUUUAUCUUCUGAGAUCUCAGCAACAGCACUGUCAGUACCAGAGCAUGUACUCACAAAUGAGUCAAUGCACAUACCUGAAAUUGGACAUAUGGAACAUGUAGUGCAUGAUCAUCAUAAUGUUGUAGAAGCUGAAAUUGUUGCAGAUUCUCUGGAAGAGGAUGUAGUUUCAGAAGUAUUGGUAGCAGACUGCGCCUCUGAAGCUGUAAUUGAUGCCAGUGGAAUACCUGUGGGACAUGAUGACAAGGGUAACUGUGAAGACUAUCUAAUGAUUUCCUUGGAUGAUGCUGUCAAGACCGAAAAUGACAAUUCUGGUGAUAUAACUAUAAAAGCUGAAUCCGAAAGUGAUCCUUGUAAAAUGGAUGGUAUUUGUCCAGAAGUCAUCAAAGUCUAUAUUUUCAAAGCUGAUCCUGGGGAAGAUGAUUUGGGUGGCACAGUCGACAUUGUGGAAAGUGAAUCAGAAAAUGACCAUGGGGAGACAUUAAUUAAUCAAAAUAGCAGUGUUCGUAUUCCAAGGGAGAAAAUGGUUUAUAUGACAGUAAAUGAUUCUCAGCAUGAAGAUGAAGAUUUAAAUGUUGCAGAAAUUGCGGAUGAAGUCUAUAUGGAAGUCAUUGUAGGAGAGGAGGAUGCUGCUGCUGCUCACGAGCAGCAAAUUGACGACAGUGAAAUUAAAAGCUUUAUGCCAAUUGCUUGGGCAGCAGCCUAUGGUAAUAACACUGAUGCAGUUGAAAACCGGAAUGGUACAGCCAGUGCCCUCUUGCACAUAGAUGAAUCUCCUGGUCUUGGGAGAUUAGCAAAACAAAAACCAAAGAAAAGGCGGAGGCUAGAAUCUAGGCAAUACCAAACAGCGAUAAUAAUUGGGCCUGAUGGUCAUCCUUUGACAGUCUACCCCUGUAUGAUUUGUGGGAAGAAGUUUAAAUCUAGGGGCUUCUUGAAAAGGCAUAUGAAGAAUCACCCUGAGCACCUUCUUGCCAAGAAAAAAUACCGAUGCACUGACUGUGAUUACACUACAAAUAAAAAGUUAAGUUUGCAUAACCAUCUGGAGAGCCACAAGCUUACCAACAAAACUGAGAAGUUAAUUGAAUGUGAUGAAUGCGGGAAAAAUUUCUCACAUGCAGGAGCUUUGUUUACUCACAAGAUAAUGCACAGGGACAAGGCAGCAAAUAAAAUGUACAAGUGCAAAUUUUGUGAAUAUGAGACAGCAGAGCAGGGAUUACUGAAUCGUCACCUUCUGGCUGUACACAGCAAGAACUUUCCUCAUAUUUGUGUGGAAUGUGGAAAAGGAUUUCGGCAUCCAUCUGAGCUCAAGAAACACAUGCGAAUCCACACUGGUGAAAAACCCUACCAGUGCCAGUACUGCGAGUACAGGUCUGCUGACUCUUCCAACCUGAAAACUCAUGUAAAGACUAGGCACAGUAAGGAAAUGCCUUUCAAAUGUGACAUUUGUCUUCAGAUAUUUUCAGAUACCAAAGAACUGCAACAGCACAUCAUUAUGCAUCAAGAAAGCAAAACGCAUCAAUGUCUGCACUGUGACCACAAAAGCUCAAACUCAAGUGACUUAAAACGACACAUAAUUUCUGUUCACACAAAGGAAUACCCCCACAAGUGUGACAUGUGUGACAAAGGUUUUCAUAGGCCAUCAGAACUGAAAAAACACGUUGCGGUGCACAAAGGCAAAAAAUUGCACCAGUGCAGACAUUGUGACUUUAAGAUUGCAGAUCCGUUUGUUCUAAGCCGCCAUAUUCUCUCGGUUCACACAAAAGAUCUUCCGUUCAGGUGUAAGAGAUGUAAGAAGGGGUUCAAGCUACAAAUAGAACUCAAAAAACACAUGAAAACACACAGUGGUAGAAAAGUUUAUCAGUGUGAGUACUGUGAGUAUAGCACUACAGAUGCCUCAGGUUUCAAACGGCAUGUUAUUUCCAUUCAUACAAAAGACUACCCCCAUCGUUGUGAGUUCUGUAAGAAAGGUUUCCGAAGACCUUCAGAGAAGAACCAACACAUUCUAAGGCACCAUAAAGAUGUUGGCUUGCCAUAAGGACUGCCAGAUGUUAUAAAUUUGGGUUUGGUGUGUGUAAAAUGUUGCUUUCUAGACUGUCAUAUUUUAAAGAGGAUCAUACAAACACAAUACUGUGCAUUUGAUUUUAGUGCUGUAUACAGAUAGGAUUACUGCUUCUAGUUGACUUUUAUACAUUUUGUUCAUUAGUGUGUUAUGAAUUCUCUUCUGUUUGUUUAUUAAAUGAGGAAGGAUGGCAACAAUAAAGUUGCACUGAAUAAAGUAAACCCUGUCUCAUAAUUUUUCAACCACAUUAGUUUUCUGAAAUAUUUACCUUACUGACAUGGUUCAUAGUUAGUGACAAUACUAAUUCAGUUUUGUCAUCAGUUAAAAAGAUUUUUAAUUUGUUCUUAUAUGCAUAAAAUAUUUGGGAAAAAUUAAGGUCAAAAGACAGCAUUGUAUCAUAGGACCCACUUUACUAUCUCAAUUAAAGAGCAUUUAAUAUGUUAAUAUUUAUUCGAGUAGUUAUGCAACAUAACACUACCAUCAUUAUUAGUUAUUUUACACAGUAUUUAAUAUUUCCACACUGAUUAAGAAAUUGAUUGCUGGGAGCAUUCUCUUUGAAUAGGUAUGAAUUUUAAAGGAAAACUUGAGGCACUUCUCCCUAAGUAUUAAUCAUAUGCUUCUCUGCCUUUGGUUCUGUAUUAGAAAUGUAUUUUCAUUUUGAAACUUAUUACUGAUGCAUUGUUGAUAGACAUUUUUUUCAAUUGUUGACAGGACAGAUUGCUCAAUUGUCUGUUAUCCAAAUUAAAUGCAUUUUUGCAAGUUUCUGUGAAACAUUUUGAAAUAUUUGGUAAAUUGCUUUUUAAACUAUCCACUAGCAGCCUUGGACAAUUUUUAAUUAUAUGCUAUUUAGAAGAAGAACAUCAGAUGGGCAAGUAAAGAAUAGCAGCAGAUGUGUUUUUAUGAAGGCUUUGUUUUUCUGUAGCUUUUCUUAUGUUACUGCUAUUACUUCUUUAGGAACACAGAAUGUUUCUUAACUGAGUAAUUUGUGAGAAGUGAGCAGUUCUUCAAACCUAUAAUUUAUCAAGCAUUUACCCAGUUCAUCUUGCUAUCCGUUACAUACUUUCUGAAAGAAUGUUUCAGUUACCACUUGAGCUGCUGCCUGAAAGCUGUUGAAGCAAAACUGUAGCAGUCUGUUUUAUGGCAUGCAAGUGUUCCAUUAAAGUACAAAGUUCAAAAGUUUGACUUCCAAAGCACAUUUUAAUGGAUUUCAUUUUUCAUGUGGUGUCUUGUAUAUUUGCAUUUUUCAUCUCUGCUUUGGAGCACUGGUCAAAUAUAAUGAAAAUAAGAAGCAAGGGCCAAAGGGUAGUUUUCACAUCAUCAUUUCCUCACUUUUCAUCUGUCAUUAGAAACAUGGUUCCCCCAAUAAAUCAGCUGUCAUGCCCUAUGUUACAAGUCCAGGUGAUACAGACUGCAUUCCUUCCAAUAUGCCAGUAUUCCCUAUCUGGUUAAUCAGAAAAAAUUGAGUCGUUCAGACAGCCUGACAUAUGUAAGACAUCAGUGUCUAAAUUUGUACAAAAUGAAAGCUUUCUCUGCUAUGCCAUCUUUAUAUGUAACAGUUUUUAGCAUGUAUAGUGCAUGCUCAUGAAACUCUUCGAAAAGUUGAUAGAAUCAUGCUUAUGACACUUGAUCCAGGAGUAGCAGUGUGCAUUAGGCCAUGGAGCAUCACUUGAUAUAUAAUACAUAAAGCAGCACCUGUAGAGUUGUAUAGAUCUCUCCAACUGUUUGGUACUGUGGAGAAUGUGUGGCUGGACUGAGGCCUUAAAAGCUUGUUCCUUCAAACACUUGCAGUCACUGAUACAAGAGUUCUUGAGAUCCAGCUGUUAGCUAUGUGCCUCUUGUUUUCAAUGAAAUUUUGCCCAAAUUUCAAAAUGUAAUAAAUUAAUUUAAAGUCUAUUUUAAGUGUCCUGAAAUUCCCCGAUUCUUGCUCAAAAGUAUUACCUAUUUUGAAAAAAUGGUUUUCUUGAAUAAUCAUAAUUAAAAACACAAAAACUUGACUCUUUUCUUCCGGUAUCUCCUGCAAUCAUAAACAUUGUUUAAACAUUGUUUUGGAGCAUAAUUUUUGGAACAUAACAAAUUAAGAGUUAAGUCCAGUGGAUUUUGUACAAUAUGUCUGUAUAAAGAUCAAAUGAAAAGUGUAGUUAUUGUUAAUGUACUGACCUUUGUUACAGGCUAUUUUUAAUUAGCCUAUGCGAUAAAAUUGAUGUUUCAGUUCCAUGUUUUAAAUGGUACUUUUUUUUAAAAAAAAAGGACAUAAUAUAAAUAAUUGUUCUGUUAAAAUGUCUAUUAAAUACUAUGUCCCACCCUCUGUACACUUUGUAAAAAUGAGAAAGAAAAUAAAUUCCAUAGACUCAUAGAGUUUUCAUAUAUAGGGUUGUGUGACAUUGUAAUGUGUACUUGAUAAUGUGAAAAAUAAAUAUCAGAUUAUUUUCCUGUUAA